AUGUCUCUUGAAGAUAGCAAACCUCGGUUUUUGAAUAAAGAUAAAAAGGAUUUUAUGGAUUCGCUAGAAUGUGUUAUCAGAAAUGCUCUUUCAGAUAAUGACAAUUUUUCCGGAACUGCGAAUUCGACUGUGAUUUUUUUGCAAACAGGAUGUAACGAGCCAAAAAAUGGCAAAGUGCAAGUGUCGGUGGAUGUAAUUGAUGAACAUAUUUCACCUGGAAUGCACUCUCAAGGUUACAAUAAUAAAAAGAAUAUUGCAACUGGCUUGAAGGAACCUAUCUCUACCAAGGAGGAUGAUCAUGCUGUGGCUGGACAUUCCGGGAUGUGUCCCCGUAAGAAGAAAUUCCCUUGCAGUUUAUGUCCAAAGGAAUUCAAGAGACUAGAUUACCUCGUCACCCAUUAUCGAACCCACACUGGCGAAAAGCCUUAUCAGCCUAAAGAUUCAAAUAAAAGGAAUGCAAAAUACGAUAAUGACAAAUUUGCUCAGAUUUUGAAUGACAGCUCCGGAAAAUCAUGUUCAGGAAAUCUUCCAAAUGAAAUUGAAGAACGAAAAAAAGCAAAUAAUGAUUUGAUUAGUUUGUCAGACGAUGUAAUGAAUGAAAUAAUUUCACACGAAACGAACUCCUGGUACCACUGUACGAGCGAGGCAAUGGCUGCUAAAACGAAGGAGCCUGACUCCUCCAUGAAGGUUGAUAAUCCUGUGGCAGGACCUUCAGGAAAAAAUCCCCACAAGAGAAAUUUUGUUCGGAAUUUUAAUUCUAAACAAAUCCCUUGGAAAAGUAAUCUUGGCGACCAUUAUGGAACAUACAUGGGCGAAAAGCCCUUAACUGUGAAACUUGCUCUGCCAAGAGAAAGUAAUGAGCCGAAAAAUGGCAAAAGGCAAGUGUCAGAGGGAGUAAAUGAGGAAAAUACUUUACCGGAAGUGAUCUCCCAGGGUCACAAUAAGAACAAGAAAAUGGCCAAAUACGUGAAGGCACCAUUCUCUACCAAAGAAGAUGAUCAUGCUGUGGAUGGACCUUCGGGAUUCUGUUCUGGUUAG